AUGUUUCCAGGGUUUGAACAUGACAGUAUGGAUACAAACAUUGAUUCAAAUGACGCUUUGGAAAUUGCUUUGGAAAUUGCCCCAACUGUUGAACAAUUGCCAGAAAUUAAAAUCCUAGCCCAUCCUAAAUCUCGUCAUCGUGUACGAUACUCGAGUGAACAAUAUUCGUUAAGAUACAUUCAAACAGAGAAAAAUGACAAAUUCAGUUAUCCAACAAUAAAAAUUUCAUCUCAAUGGUUCGGCAAUUGUACUCGAAAAUUGUAUAUUCGUGUGGGAUUAACAACAGUUUUACAUGACGGUCAUCGCUAUAUCCAUCCAUAUUCACUGAACACACCAAGUGAAGAUAUUUUAAAUGGUUUUAUCAAUCCCAAUGAAAAUUGUCUUUAUUUUCCUAUUGAAUCACAAAACAAUAGUUUCGAUGAAAUGAGUUUUCGUCUAACAAUUGUCAAGACUGAACAACGCAAUUUAAACGAGCACGAUCCAUUAAAAAUAUUUGAUUCUCCAAACUUAGUCGACAAUCUUCAACCUGUUCCAACGACCGCAAAGAAAUUUAUUAAAUUUUAUAAACUUACACAAUCUCAGUUAGUAUUUACGAUAUUUGAACAAAUUAACAAUAAUCAAAUGAUACCGUAUGAACUGACCACAACAUAUUCUAAUAUUAUGACAGAAGGAUCUUCAAAAGGUGAAAAUUCAAUUUAUGCAUAUUUUCCUACAAUGGGUAGUUGUGAUGGUAAUGAGGACAUUAUGAUAUGUUUCGAAUCAACAAUUUUAAAUGUAAAAGAUCUCAAAGUUUAUUUUGAAAUUACGACUACACCUUGGUGUAUAGAAGUGGAAGCAAACGUUAAAGAUAAAAAACUAAUUACAUUUAAAUCACCAAGGUGUCAAAUGCCAAUUUUAACGGCACCUGUUGAAGCUGAGAUCGUGUUGAAACAAAAUGGAACAACAAUCACGAGAUUAAAAUAUGUUUAUAAUCCAAAAAAUCUAUGUGCACAAUGUCGACACUUGUCUACUAUGAAUAAUUUAACAACAUUAUCAGACUACAAAGACAGCGAUAGUAUACAAGUAGUUCCCCAAUAUGAUCAAAAACCAAAUAUACUUGAGAAUAUUGUGGCUAAUAGAAAGGAAAAACAAUCAUAUUCACAGGUUUCAUCUGUAUCGCCGAACGAUCAUGGUACGUAAAUCAGAUUACAACGUUUUCAAGCUGAUUAUUUGUUCUAAAGAGUCGACUAUUUACUAUCCAUUUCACAAUAUAGUGUCCUCCGAUAUUUUCCGAAUAACUUUUGAACAGAAAGUGAUGGAGACCAGCGAUUUUCGUUUUCCGGUAGAAAACACCGGCGCACAUCAAUCUAUUAAAAAGUCAAAAUUUUCGGAUAGAUCUACCAUGGUGUACCGCGUAUAGGAAAAACUGAGGCAUCCCCAUUCCAAAAAAAAAUCAUAAUAACCUAUACUUUAAAAACGUGUCAAAUAUAGAGCGGCAUCUUCUCUUUGCAUCUGCACAAGUCCGAGAUCUCCAUCUACCACUGUUCAGAAACUGCAGCGGUUCUUCGAAGGCCUACCUGUCAGACGCUCCUUAGCCAGGGGAAUCUUAAAAGUAUAUGCAAACGUAGGUUAUCGACUAUGCCGAAUCUCGUGACAAUGUUAAUUUUCAGGACAAAAUACAACAACCGAGUGAAAACCUAUAAUAGAUGAAGUAACCCAUUUUUGAUUAUUUUCAUCAAAAACUAAAAAGUCGUAAUUUAUAAUUUAUACUCAGUUGCAAUUUAUCCGAUUUACUUCAGAAUGUCAGGAAAUACUCUAUUUUAUCCGCUCAUCCUGAUUCUGUACUUAAAAUCAAUAAAAAGUAUUCUCUUAGUUCUGGAGGUUUCUGUGAAACCUUUCUAGAAACCAAAGUAUUUAAACUUAAAACAGUUGAUGUAAACCACUGCAGCUGAACCGUGGUAGAUGGAGAUCAGGGACUUGUGCAGAUGUAAAGAGAAGCUGCCGCUCCAUAUUUAAGACGUUUUUAAAGUAGAGGUUGUAAUGAUUUUUUUUGGAAUGGGAUGCCUCAGUUUUUCCUAUACGCGGUACACCAUGGUAGACCUGUCGGAAAAUUUGACUUUUUAAUAGAUCGAUGUGCGUCGGUGUUUUCUACCGGAAAACGAAAAUCGCUGAUCUCCAUCUCCUUCUGUUCAAAAUUGUUCAAAAAACUUCGGAGGAUACCAUAUUGUGAGAUGUAUAGUAGUUAUAGUUUCCAAAAGUUUAAUAACCUUUGUUAGUGAAUUUUGGAAUCACUAAAUAAUGUCAAAAUAGAUCUAACUAAUCAUCCGCUUAAUCGACAAACUCGUAAACGAAGCGAAAUUUUUUUAUUCUGGUCUUCAAUCAUUAAUCCGUGUGUUAUGACUUCGGAUAUUAUACUAAGAGUUAUCAUUUUGACUUGUAAUUCAGUAAUAAUAAUGAUGUUAUUCAUUAUUAGUACAUACCAGGGCUCUGUAUGGUCUAGACCAAAAUGAGAGUCAAAAUUCUGCGUGCAUACCAGAGAUAGGUGAUAAUUGACUUGUUAUUUUCCCUCUCCUACUCCACUGACUACGAACAACUUUUUUCACUUUGCAAGAGCAAUUGUCGUUCACCUUUUCCCCUGCUUCCAUCCCGUUCUGCGGAGAUGUGUGGACAAAGUAUCUAAAGACGAAUUGACGAAUCGCAACUUUUAAGCGUAAAAAUGAUGCAACAAUUCGCGUUUUACCCUUAUUUUGCGAAUUCGUACCGAAUUGAUGCGAACUGU